AUGGCCGCUCGAACACUUCCGGUGGCUUCACUGCCUGGUGCUCACGACGCCAUCUUGCGCGCCCCCGACGUCACAGGCAGGCACAGGCUCUAUGACGUCACAGGCGGGGUUCCUGAGUCAGAACACAGCGAGUCCAAGCCUUAUAUACACUUUGGGAGUUGGGAGAAACCAGAAGCAGACCUGGUGUUGUCCAGGUCUGAAUGGCAGCGCGUCCAGGACCGAGUCAAUCGGCACAGCAGAAGUGCCAACGCAGCGGCUGAACAGCGGGAGGCGCUGCACAUGCGCUCUAAAGAGCUCGUCAAACACUGGCCCAACACCAUAGCUGGAGAACGACGGAAAAAGCUGGAGGCGAAAACAAUUCGAGAGGCGAUGGAAGAGGAGGAGAAAAAACUUCUGGACAUAGAAGAAGCAAGAUAUCAGGCCCAGAUACGAAAGGAGACAAUUGAAAAAACUAAAACCCAGCAGUACCACCAGACGGACCGAGUCAAAGGCCUCCAUAGCGCUCUGAGGCUGGCGGAGGUCCUGAAGGAAAGAGAGGCUCAGAUCGAGCUCAAGCGCAUGAGGCAGAACGCCAGCAGAGCCGUGGACAGAGAGAUCUUGGCCCGAAUGGCUUGCAGAGAAGAGCAGGCGGUCCAGCAGGAGCGACAGAAAGCACUGCAGAGAAAACGAGACCAACUGGCCAUUUCUGAGUGCUUGAAACUACAGGUUAAGGAGCAUGACAUGAAGAAGGAGCAGGAGAGGCAGGAGAGGAGAAGGGAGGCUGAAGAGAUGAAGCAACUCCGAGAUCUUCAUCUGAGGGAACAGGCCAUCAAAGAGCGCCAGAAUCGAGAAGUGAAGAGAAAAAGAAUGAAUGCUUUUCGUGACCAUUUGACCAACAGAGAGCUGACAAAAGCAGCGGAGGCUCGGAGGCAAGAGGAAGAGGAGGAGAAGAGAAAGCAGAUCGCCAGCCAGAGCGAAAAAGUGACGAGAAUGAGGAGAGAAAAACAGGAGGAAACAUUUAGAGAGCGUCAAAGACUUAGAGGGACUGUUAUACAGCAGUUAGCCGUGCAGAAGCAGGAAAAAAUCAGCAAUGAGGAAGAUAUCAUUGCAAAAGCAGUCGCUGAACGUGAGGCCAGACGGGCCCGAGUGCAGCGCGAGAAAGAAGAAAAACAUGCAGCCAUGUUAAAAUCUAUCUCUGCACACAGAGAAUCCAGGAGGCAAGAGCUGGAACGAAAGGCAGAGAAAGAAAAACAGGAAGCUCUGGAGAUGCUGAAUGCAAACAAGGAAGCAGAUCAAAUCUUCAUGGAGAAGCAAAAACUUCAAGCUCAAAAAGCUAAAGAAGAAGGAAAAGCACUCCAAUACACAUACAUACAACAAAUGAAAGAAAGAGCGUUCAGCUCUCGAGUUCAGCUUCCUCGUGUUCAGCCUCCUCGUGUUCAGCUUCCUCUUGUUCAGCCUCCUCGUGUUCAGCCUCCUCGUGUUCAGCCUCCUCGUGUUCAGCCUCCUCGUGUUCAGCCUCCUCGUGUUCAGCUUCCUCGUGUGAAGACCGACUCGUGUGAAGACCGACUCCCUCCUCGUGUUCAGCCUCCUCGUGUGAAGACCGACUCGGGUAAAGACUCCACCGAGCAAGGACACCUGUCCACCAUCAGAUCUGGAUACGGCCGGGAUCCGGCGGACUUCAGGAACAGGGGAGAGACUGUUGGACACUUCAGGACUGCGGUGUCGUCGUCUUGUCCGGGCGCUGGUCCUUCAUCAAAUCUGGAUGCGGCCUGGAUCCGGCGGACUGCGGCAAACCUCGGAUAA